GGAAUCAAACCCAGGGCUUCAUGCAUGCUAGGCAAGCACUCUACCACUAGGCCACAUUCCCAGCCCUGUAUGUCCAAAAUUUGAAGGAGUUAAGUAACUAGCUCUUGGUUCCACAGUGGAUCAAUUGAUAGACUGAGAUCAGAUCCUAAGUGGUCAGGCCUCAGGACUACAGUUCUGUUCAGUAGAGCAAUCCCUGGGUUCAUGAGCAGUCCCAGGAAGAGGCUCUUGGACUGUCCUAACUCAAGUUUAUGCAUAUGCAGUAGGAGGAGGUGAUGUAGGAGUCCAGGGUUGCUGGUUCCUUCCUCAGUGACCUAGAAGGCUAAGACUGGUGUUAAAAUAACCUAAGAUUCUCAGAGAACCCACAGGGAGAAAAAUUUCUUUGCAGGAGAUAUUUGAUAAUGUGUGAAGAUAUUCUUAGUAUCACACAUGGAUGUUAGGUGUUACUGUGAACUAGUAAAGAGGCCAGAAAUAGUGUUCCACAUUCUACAAAGCACAGGACAGUUCCCCAUAAGAAAGAACUACCCAGCAUCCAAUGUAAACAUUCCUGAGGCUGAGAAAGACAGGGCAGCCAGGCAGCUACUAUGAUGUUCCUGCCCUCAGCUGUGGGAAGAGACUCCAGCAGACACAAAGCUGACCAAAGCUCCUCUCUUCUUAGGGUCUUAAAGGAACAGUGGAUUCGAGCUAAGUAUGAGAGACAGGAGUUUAUGGCUAAUGGGAAACCCAUCUCUAUGCCAGGUAACCGUGAAGGAAUCCUGUGGAAGCGGGGAAGGGACAAUGCUCAGUUCCUGAGGAGGAGGUUUGUCCUUCUGGCCAGAGAAGGCCUCCUGAAGUACUACACCAAGGAAGAGAGUAAAGGCCCCAAAGCAGUCAUCAGCAUCAAGGAUUUGAAUGCCACCUUCCAGACAGAGAAAAUAGGGCACCCACAUGGGCUGCAGAUCACCUACAGGAAAGAAGGCCACAUCCGGAACCUGUUUGUAUAUCAUGAACGUGGGAAAGAGAUAGUAGACUGGUUCAAUGCCCUUCGUGCAGCCCGUUUGCAGUACCUCAAAGUGGCCUUUCCUGAACUCCCGGAGGCUGAGCUCGUGCCCUUCAUCACCCGGAACUACCUCAAACAAGGCUUCAUGGAAAAGACUGGCCCAAAGCAGAGAGAACCUUUCAAGAAAAGGUGGUUUGCCCUGGAUCCCCAAGAGAGGAGGCUGCUGUAUUACAAGAACCCUCUGGAUGCCUUUGAGCAGGGCCAGGUUUUUCUGGGGAGCCGCGAGCAGGGUUAUGAGGUAUGUGAAGACCUGCCCAAGGGUGUUCGAGGGAAUCGCUGGAAAGCUGGCCUCACCGUGGUCACCCCGGAGCGGAGGUUCAUCUUCACCUGUCCCAGUGAGAAGGAGCAGAGAGAGUGGCUGGAAAGUCUGCGAGAUGUCCUGUCCCGCCCCUUAUCGCCUCUCUACCUCCUCACUGCAUCAGCAGAGAGUGGCUAUGGCAGCAGGUGACCUUUUGUCACAGUGUCAUUACUGAGGAGGAGACUGGCCACUGAGCACCUGAGGUCCUGGGGCACAGGAGAGUUCACCUCUGCCCUGGUUCACCAGCUGUCCCUGGCAGAGAGCUCUGACAAGACUGAAGCUGGGAAGAUUUCUGCUACUGCUGCCUGGACUCCCUCUGGUUCUCACCGCCUGGCCUCACAAAGCUGUGGAUCUGGUACAGAGAAGAACCCACAGCCCUGUUCUACUGCACCCAAGGUGGCAAUGUUAUGAAGGCCCAGAGCCUUUUCCCAUCUGACGUGGAGGCAUCAGGAUGAAAAAGCAACACAGCCUCAUGCAGAUGACAUGUGGCCCAACAAAAUAAAAAGUAAAUAUUUAA